AUGGCUGAUGUUUGUCGUUAAAUCAUUACCAUCCGAUUGAAACGAUUGAAUUAAACACAAAGAAAUAUACUUUAGCGUUUUCCAGUAGAAUAAAUGCGAUGAGAAUACCGUAAAUUAUUUACCAUAGGCUUAGACAUGUGUGAUGCAUGUUCGGAUUUUAUACAACUACUUGGUUCGUACGAGGCGCAAGUUUGUAGGGAGAGUAACGAACAACCCACCCUGAGUAAGCCUGAAAUUGAUGUUAUUUACGUGUAUGUGCAGACAUGGCCUGCCAGACAAUGUAUGUGUUGUUAUCGAGACCCAAAGAACUUGGAACGAUUCAGUUGUAUUACCCAAGGACUUAUUUACAUGGUGGUUUGUCAGCUGAAACAAUUAGCCGAAAAAGGAACAGAAUCAGACAAAAAAAAGGACAAAGAAGAAAACAAAGACCCAUCAAAUUCCGAAAAGGAUAAUGAGACAUUAGAAAGGGAUAAACUUUUAAUUUUAGUGUCAAAAAUAUUUCUUUUAAACUUUCCUCUUUAUGUGGCUUUUAAGCAUACAAUACAGGCUAAACUUGAUGAGCUCACUCAACAAGAAAUGCAAAAUUUGAAUUUAUUUUGUGAUUUGCAUGAUUCAGAGAUUCCUAUUUAUUUAUUAAAAAAUGUUAGUUGGUUUUGUAAAAUGGGGGGAUUGUUAGCAAUGACGGCUUGUUUUACACAGUUGUCGCCAGAACAGUUGCCAGUAUCAACAGCACAUGCGAUGAUAUCAGUCGUUGGUAAUUUGAAACUGUGGAUGAAUUACAAGAGCAUGGUUUCUAUGUUGGUUCCAUUAAGGUCAUGUGUGUUGCGUUAUAUGUGUAAAUUAUCGGAUCAAGAUCUUCGUGCUCCUACUAUUAAGAGUAUGGCAGAUUUCUUUUUAGAUUUUAUGUGGAAUGCGAUCAAAGACCCGCUGGAUACUCCAGUCGCAUUUGACAUAGACGGGCUUGAUCUAGCAUUCAAAUAUUUUACAUCAAGCACUUUAACAAUGAGACUAGCGGGGAUUACACAAAUCAACAACCAGAUUGGUGUUUUAGCAGAAAUUUGUGUUGGCGAGUCUUUACCAGAAGCUGAAGCAGCCCCUAGACAUAUGGCCGAUUGGCUAAUUAACAACAACAUAAUUUCUCACAUAUUUGGUCCGAAUUUGCACGUCGAGGUGAUUAAACAAAGCCACAUCAUUUUAAAUUUCUUGGCAAUGGAAGGGCGCAUUACUUGUGAACACAUGGAUAUAAUAUGGGCAGCUGCUCAAUUAAAACAUUGCUCAAAACCUGUCCAUGAUCUUCUCCCGGGUUUAGUGAAACAUUUAGCGGCAUCUCCUACUCUGCAUUUAUAUAGUUUGCUCACAAAACUGGAACCAAAAGAUCACACGGAACAAACUUUGUAUCUUGCGUCAGCGCUAAUCAAAGCUGUGUGGUCCAGAGGCGGAGGUGUCCCAGAAGUAGGUUUAAUCAAUGUAGCAGCUUCAAAUGCAGGUAUAACGUUACAUAAAUGUGCCACUUCAUCAGAAAACAGUGUUAGUAUAGACCCUAGUAAUUCAGAAGAGGAACAUGGUGAAAGUACUGGGCAAUCAGAAAGUCAUAAAUCUGAUAGUGAAGAUAUCGAUGGUGUGGAAAUAGAUGAAGAGGAUGGUCCAAUUGAUGCCGGAAAUGCAGGGCCACCACCAUGUAAAUUGGCUAGGAAGCAAGCUAUUGGACGGGUUCCCUGUGAUGGAAGUAGCACAGAUCCAGAUAUUGACGGUAUCCCAAUUAAAACCACGACUUCUGAAAAAACUAAGCGAUGUUCCGCCGUAUCUAAAUCCAAAAUCGACAAGCGACAAAUUAGGUCGUCGGUGAGAAAAAAAAUACUAUCAACAUUAAACGUCUUACCUGAAGGAAUCGAAACGAUCGGUUCCAGCAGUUCCCAGGACGAAGCCGACGUCGAAGAAGUCCCUGCGAAAUUCAGGAAGCGUCGAAAAAUGCUGCGCAAAACCAGAGUGAAAAGACAGAAAGGUGUUCAUAAACGUGUAGUGGCAAUCAGCAGCAUCGAGGCGUUGAGCGAAGUCGAGGUGGACAGCGACUCGGAAAUGAAGGCGGCUCUGAAGGGGGUGGCGGCCGCCGCUCUGGUCCUGCCGGCGCAAAUGAGCGGCCUAGUCGAAACAAAUUUAAAACCUGCCGAUUAUUUAGACGAGAGUUCGUCUUGUAGCGAGUUAGGCAAGGAUUCGGUCACUUUGGAGAGUCACGAAGCGGCGUGUACAAAUUUUCUUACAUUACAUUCGCGAGGCGGUUUGAAUGUUUUCAGUCAUAUUUUGGAAAUGCUGAGCGGAGAGGAGGCUGAGGUGGAGGGCGAUGCGGACGGGAGCUAUUCGUCGAGGAUGAGCAACAAGUCGGAAAAGAAUAUGGCGGACUUCGAUGGCGAGGAUUCGGUAUGUGAAGAGGAGUUGGCACAGCUUAAUGAACAUGCUCAAAUGAAUCUUCACGCCCUAGCAAAUCAGUCGCCGGAAAAAUCUCCCGUUAGGGUGGACCCUAGAUUGUCUGCUUGUUUCAAAGCAGACAAUGUUUGUCAACCAGGAAACACACUUCUGUGGGAUUUACUACAAGACGAGAAAAUCUGCCACUUGGGAGAAGGUCUGGCACUCGAAGCAGAAAAAACUUUAUGCAACCUUAUUUGCUACACCCCAGACAAAGAAAUCCGAAUGAAAUUUAUCGAAGGGUGCUUACACAAUUUGGCCAAUAAUGUUUCUGUUGUUGUCUCUCUAAGAAUGUUGCCCAAAUUGCUCACAUCCUUUAGAGGUAUCGAUAUGCACCACGUGACGCAUUGGGCAGAACGUCAGCACCAUAUGAUGAAGCAUUUCUUCAAUAAUUUGAAAACGUACACCGCAAAUCCGGCAAAAUCGUUACCUUUGUACACCCACCAGAUGCAAGUGCAAGUACGUUUGCAUUUCCUCUCGGCCGUUUUCUCCCCGGUUGUAUCACCAAACACGUUUAAGCUCAGCAUAGAACAAGUCGACACGUUAUGGGAAUGUCUAGCUCACGACCCUGAAUGUUCAGAUGAACUCUUCAGUUGGUUGCUUUCCCAGACAAAAACCACCGAACUUCAUGCUUUAAAGAUCGACGCUUUGCGCAGACUCUACAUGCACCAUCUGCCUAGUUUGUCUCCCGAGAAGUUCAGCAUGAUUUGUUUGAGUCUCUUCCAGCAAUUGUGUAGUUUAAACCACUUACUUGCCAUCAAUAUGGGAACGGAAUCCGUUCGAGAAAGCUACAACGUGGGAAUGGACCAUAUGUGGAAGAUCGCUCUAAGGGCAAACAACACGGACGUGAGCAUGGCGGCUAUUCAGUAUAUAAACAGUUACUACAUGGGUCAAAAUCUUCAAAAUGAAGGUCAGUUCGUGUGGCAGUGCAUGACCCAUCUAAAGGCGGCCACUGAGGAUCUAGUUAGCAUGGGUACGCCUGGUGCGGAAGAAGCGCCGCUUUUGUGCAUACAAAGGGCUUUAUUGUUGAUGAAGAGCCAUCUGGAGACGUUUAGGCGUAGGUAUGCUUACCAUUUGAGGAGGUGGACCUUGGAAGGGAAAGGGAUUGGGAGUCAUUCGGCGUCGUCGACUGAUCGCUGUGGGACACCUUUGAGGUUGAUUGUUCAGUCAGGAACGUCGACGGAGCGGUGUUACUUGGAUAUGUUGACGUCGGAUUAUGUGGCAGAUUUGAGGGCUGAGAUCGUCAAGUGGGCAGAAGGACCAGCACAGAUGAAAAACCAAGAUUCGGACUCAGGCGGACACAAACAGAAUGACACUUGGAUCAGACUAAUUACACAAGGUCAAGAGCUGACGAUAGACUGUGAUGAAAAAACUCUAGCGGAAAUGGGCUUCAAAGAUAAUCAGAUGAUUUACAUUUCGAUAGGAGUUUCAAAAAAUAUGAAAAAACGCGAAUGUUUAGAUUUACCAUCAAUGCAACCGCCACCACCAAGAGAAUCGAUACCAACAUUACUCCUAUUGCGACCGAACUAUUUCGAGCAGUUAUUCUCUUUGAUGCACACCCUCAGCUCCAUGAAAGUACCAGUAAAGGGUGGCCAUCAUAUUCCAAACACUAAAGCUCAAGUACUUAGUAGAAGAGUUUGGGAUAUCUUAAGUUUGUUACCUACUAGUCCGACGUUGUUGCAAGGCUUCAAACAGUUGGACACUCCACUUACAGAGCUUCUUGAUCCGUCAAGCGCACAAAAAUUGAUGUAUUCGUUGUACAUUGUCGAAUCUUUGAGUGCUAAAAGCAGCCAGAGUAAACAAACCGAGAACGAUAAGGAACCGUGGAUUCGCACUUUUAUCCAUCAUGGUGGACUUCGCCAUUUGUUUGAUAUAUUCAUGUCAGGCGUUCUCCAACGAGAUGGCGGCAACGGCAGCGAAUGGCAACAAGAUUGUUUAGCUUCCUUACUCAAAAUUACGUGUCAGUUGGGCGUCGAACCCCUUCCACUUGAUUCGAGGCCUUCUCGAAGCGAUAAAAUCGUAAUUCCAAAUUUAAAUGAGGCAAUGUUGUCCAUGAUUGACGUCAAAAGUACCAUGCCUCAACUCACCAGCAUUUUAGAAGAAGCGUCGUUACCGAAGGAUCCAAACCUUUACAAGACGGGAUUCUGGGGAAGAGCCCAAGUCGUUCAUUAUGCUAUGUCUUUUUUAGUGUCGUGGUUACAUUGUAGUGAAGAUGCUAGGCAAGCACUCUUUCAGUCACCGAAUUUCUCCGUGUGGCUCCAGCGGCUGGUUUUGGAAGACCCAGAACCCGCCGUUCGUCGCGAAGUGUGUUCGGCUGUGUACAGGUUAUGUUUAGGUGUUUCCGCCAGCGGCGAUGUGUUAGAAAGCAGCUUAGUAGCUCCGAUGCUCUCAGAACUAUUACUGUACUUAGAUAAAGCUGAGAGUAUGGGACCUCAAAAAUUCGAAGCGAUCCCUGCACUUGAAGAAGGUAAAGAACCCUACGGUCCAGCCUGCAGAGAUUACUUCUGGCUAGUGGCACGACUAGUCGAUAGUUUACCCGAAGAUCUAAUAAAAGAAAGUCUCGAAGACCCCCAAAAUUGCGUCGUCGACAUCAACGGUUUAACCAACAAAAUCGCACGUUCACUUCUAUCAAGAGAUUAUCUCGAAACCCGGCAUCGAACGAUAGACGAUGACGGUCUCAUCGGACUUCUAAAUCUUUUAACGAAUUUAAUCAAACAUCGGCCGCCUUUCCAAGUCAGCAAACAAGGGCAAGAGUUGUUGGUUGAAGUGUUUAAUUUUUUGUUCGCGUUACCUAGUCCUAAACUACGACACGUACCGAAGUGUAAAUCGCCAAGAUCGAGAACCGCGUCUUAUGAUUUGUUGGUGGAGUUGGUGAAGGGGGCGCCACAGAACUACUAUAUUUUGCACGAGAAGUUGCUGAAACAGCACCAACCAGGAGUUUUUGCAGGACCGCAUUCACCGUAUCCUUGGGAUUAUUGGCCACAUGAAGACGGUCGAUCGGAGUGCGGUUACGUAGGGUUAACUAAUUUAGGAGCAACGUGUUAUAUGGCUUCUUGCAUGCAACAUUUGUACAUGAUGCCGCAAGCUAGAGCGUCGAUUCUUGCCGCAAACACUGAACAUUCGAAACACGAACCUACUUUGAAGGAGCUGCAGAGGAUGUUUGCAUAUUUAUUGGAAAGCGAAAGGAAAGCCUACAAUCCCCGCAGUUUCUGCAAAGUGUACACCAUGGAUCACCAACCGCUCAACACUGCCGAGCAGAAAGACAUGGCGGAGUUCUUCAUCGACCUGGUCAGUAAACUGGAAGAAAUGACGCCGGCUCUGAAAACUGUCGUGAAAAAGUUGUUUUGUGGUGUACUUAGCAACAAUGUUGUUUCUUUAGACUGUGAUCAUGUUAGUCGUACUUUAGAAGAGUUUUAUACCGUUCGCUGUCAAGUAGCCGACAUGAGAAACCUUUACGAAUCAUUAGAUGAAGUUACGGUUAAGGACACUCUUGAAGGUGAUAACAUGUAUACGUGCUCGCAAUGUGGGAAAAAGGUUAGGGCUGAAAAGAGGGCUUGUUUUAAAAAGUUACCGCAUAUAUUGUGCUUUAAUACGAUGAGGUACACGUUCAACAUGCUGACGAUGCUCAAAGAGAAGGUCAACACGCAUUUCUCGUUUCCGUUAAGACUCAAUAUGGCGGGCUACGUCGAGAAGCAGUUGAUGCCGCAACACUAUCAAGAGGACAAACUAAAACAGUACGAGCCCGAGGAUGAACAAUACGAAUACGAUCUAAUCGGCGUCACCGUCCAUACAGGAACUGCAGAUGGUGGACAUUACUAUAGUUUUAUCAAAGAUAGAACAGCUGGUUCAAGGGAUAAGUGGUUCCUUUUUAACGAUGCCGAAGUCAAACCGUUUGAUCCAAAUCAAAUAGCGGCUGAAUGUUUUGGUGGAGAAAUGACGAGUAAAACAUACGACAGCGUUACGGAUAAAUUUAUGGACUUUAGUUUCGAAAAAACUAAUAGUGCAUAUAUGUUAUUUUAUGAGCGUUGUCCCAUCGUAACACCUGAGGGAUCAGAAAGUGCAUCCACGGCACUCGAAUCUGGAGAUUCUCUAAGUAAUCACCCGUCGAGUUCGUCCAUAGCCACUUUCGAACUUAGCAAAGAAUUGGAGGAUUGGAUCUGGCAGGAUAACAUGCAUUUCAUUCAGGAUAAGAAUAUUUUCGAACAUACUUAUUUUAAUUUCAUGUGGCAGAUCUGCGGUUACAUCCCCCAAACUAUUUUACCGAUAGAGCCUGACAUAACACAGAAAGCAGCCCAACUUUCUACUUCUUUUUUCAUAGAAACGUUCAUUCAUGCCAAAGAGAAGCCAACAAUGGUGCAGUGGGUGGAGUUAGUCACAAAGCAAUUCAACGCCUGCCAAGAGGCAUGCAUAUGGUUCUUGGAGCACAUGGCUAACGAUACCUGGUGGCCAGUUCAAGUAUUACUGAAAUGUCCGAAUCAAAUGGUGCGACAAAUGUUCCAAAGGCUGUGCAUACAUGUGAUACAACGCUUGAAGCAGUCACAUUCUAGUUUAUAUUUAGAGAUCGAUCGGGACAUUCCAGCUUCGUUGAAAGAAGACAACAAGGCAAUUGAACCCUCGAAAAUCGGCAAUGCUUCUUGUGUGACUAAAUUUAUCAAAACUUUAUUAUCUCUUAUGGAACAUGGAGCGAAAGCGCAUUUGAAACAUUUGACGGAGUAUUUCGGUUUUUUGUAUGAGUUUAGUAAGAUGGGGGAGGAGGAGUCGAAGUUUUUAUUAGCAGUAGGAGCAAUUCAUUCGAUGGUGCAUUUUUAUUUAGGGCAAAAAGCAAACGAUUUUGUGGAUGUCAGCGAAGGCGAGGAAGAGGAAGAAGUAGUAGCUCUACCGAAUGACAAAUACAAACCAGCUUCACUCGAUAAAAUGAUAACUUUAAUAGCGUCACUAGUCGAAAAAAGUAGAGAUUCUAAUGUGAAACUGCAGUUAAGCGAAAAAGAUUACGGCGCUGUUGCUGAAGGAAAGGGUUUUCCGUUUUUGUAUCAACAAAUUAAAGAUAACAUCAAUCUUCAGCAAACGCGGAAUUUGAUUCACUCUUUGUGUCGCGGCAACAACCAGCUAGCUCAAUCUAUAAUUUGCAUGAUCUCACAAGCUAUUUCUAGACAUUCCGAUACUUCUCAACCGUUUUUCAAAAUUCUUACGUUACUUACUGAAAGUACUGCUCAAGGUUCCGGUGGUUCAUCCUCUCAACCCUGUUUCACUCAACUAGUUUUACAGAAAGUAUGGGAAGCUGCGGAAUGUUGUCCUUAUUCGGCACUCGAUUGGUUGGCGCUACAAGUGACUAGGAACCGACUGGUUCAUCAGUGGGUGUUGAGUUCGAUGGAUUCGUGGUUGGAGCAUUUCCUUAUAGCCCACAGUAAUCAACGAGUUCGGAACGCGGCCGGUUAUUUGUUGGUAUCCCUGGUCCCCAGCGCCCCAUUCAGGCAGGGUUUUAGAGCGACACACAGAAUGCAGAGAGAACCUCAACUGACAAACGAAGCUCAAACUGUCCUCCAUCAAGUAUACACCGGCUUGUUGAGGCUACUAUCUUCUGCGAAGCACUACACGGACAUGCAGCAGCAUGGCACCAUGAAACUAACAACGUAUUUUGCUCUACUAAUGUACUGCUGUAUUAGUAGAACCGAAAAAUUAAUGUUUGGUCAGUAUUUCCUUCAACUGUGGCACUUGUUUCAUCCAAAAUUAUCGGAACCAUCCAUACCGGCAUAUCAUAACAAACAAGCAUUAUUAGCAUUUUGGAACCACGUUUGUGUCGACUGUCCAGAAAACGUUCAACUGAUGUUACAGAACGCGCAUGUUACUAAAAAUAUUGCCUUUAAUUAUAUUCUUGCCGAUCAUGACGAUCAAGAAAUUGUUAUAUAUAAUCGUGCCAUGUUACCGGCCUAUUACGGGUUGUUAAGGAUGAUGUGUCAACAAAGUCGGAUUUUUACGAGACAUUUAGCGCAACAUCAAAACUUACAAUGGGCAUUUAAAAAUAUUACACCUCAUCCUACACAAUAUCCCCAGGCGGUUGAAGAAUUGUUCAAAUUGAUGCAACUUAUGGUGAUGAAACACCCGGACAUGACCGAAGCCGAACAACGAGAGAUCUGCAGUUUCAGACGAACCACGCUUAUGACGUACCUGCAAUGUUUAGACGGCAGAACUAGUUGGGGAACUUUAAUAUCGGCGUUUCGGAUUUUACUCGAGUCGAACGAUGACAAACUCUACGUUGCUUAUAAUGGUGGUUUACAGAUUGUUUUUGAGUGUUUUCAAAAUCUUCACAUCAUGCUUCAUGAAGCCACAGCCUGUCACGUGUCGGGUGAUUUAAUGGACAUCUUGACCAUCAUGCAAGACCUAGUCAGGUGUGUGCGGUCUUUCAGGGACAACAAGGAUGCGAGAGGCAUUUUAUUAGCGACUAAAGAUUGGUUGGAAGUUCUUCGUAAAUUGGCAACACUGUUAAAUACUUAUAAUCCUCCAGAAAUGCGAUCGUUGUGUAUAGAUGUUUUGAAAGAGUUUGUUCUAAUAAUGGCGCCUGAAGUGAUGCAAAUUUUAGUCCCGUUGUUGUCACAUUGUCAUUCGGCGUUUCAAGAUAGUCACGAUGCAGUGCCUCUCGGUCCGUAUUUUCCCAGAAGAGGUCACUCGCUACCGGUAGUUGCUGGCAAAGGCGGUGCCCGUCCUUUGCGACCCAUGGUACAAAUGACAGUGCCGCAUAAUCAACUAGAGUGCAGUCGAGGUGUCGAUCCAGAAUACGACGAAGCUCUCGACAAAUUUUACACCCCUUACCAUGAUUUUAUCGACAUGUUGUUUAGGCUUGCUGUAAAUAAUGACACAGUGACUGAGGUGUUAGUUAAUCUGAGCGCAGUAGUUGGCUUUGAGGCUGUACCGUUACAUUCCACGUACUUCCCGAAGUUGUGGCUCGACAUUUUGAAGGCUCAGCACAUAGACCGGAAGUAUAUAUCGAUGUUGACUAGCUGUAAUUAUUUCGUGGAUUAUAUAGAUGCAGUGUUAUUGGAUGAAAGAUCGGCGUUAACCGUAGAUGUGAUUUAUGAGUUUUUAGUUGCAUUUUUCCCGAAAGUAUCAGCUCAUGUACUGUCCGAGCAAACUUUAACGAUGAUUGACAACACAGUAGUAGCUCUAAGCGACCAAGUCGGUUCACUGGAAAUCACGAAAGUUGCCAAACGACUCUCCGGGGAUCUGAGAGCUUUAGUAUUAGUAUACAGCAGUCCUGAGGCUGUUCCGCCGCCACUUCUACGAAACACUUUGAAACAGUUACAGAAUAAGGUGCACACGGAGAUUGCGAAGGUCGAUCCAGGUUAUAAAGAUAAAGAAAAAGCAGAUGGUGAAGCUGCGAAAGUCGUAAGUGAAGAUGGACCGAGUACUUCAACAGACACUAGUGAUAAAACGAGUAAACUGAAAAGUGGCAGUGAUUCAGAAACGCAGAACACAUCCGGUGGUGACGAUAGUGCCGAUGAAAAAGUUAAAGGUCCUUUGGCGAACUUCAAGUUGUUGGAAUCGAUAUUGAACGAACUACUCGCCAUUGUUGAUAAAAAGGCUUAAUUUUUAUUUUGUAUGACCAAACUCUUUUUAAGUGUUCUUUACAGAUACAAAACCGCUUUUCGAUAUCGAUGUGUUUUUAAUUUUUCAUUGUAGAUACUUGCAAUAACUGGAUGGUUAUACUUUUGUAAAUUUUAGAGCUUUAAAUGGCAACCACCCGCCGUGGUUGCGAGUAGCAGGGUUUUUUGCCUUAAGAUUAAUUUAAUAAUUAAAUUCUAUUAAUUUAAGCAUGUAUCCUCUAUAAACCUCGUUAACAUGCUUGUAAACAGAUUUCAUUGUAUUAUUUCAUGCUUCUUAAAUUUUCACUGUAAACUUUUUCAUUACAAGACUGUUAAUAAAAUAUCUCUUUUAUAUGUUGCCGUA